GUACUUUAGUCGCCGCUCGUCCUCCACAUCGGAAGGAUGUUCUGCGUCUCUGGCGAUAUAACAUGAAAGAACUUGCCUAAUCUUAUGUUACAAAGCAACUAACGUACAUUUUUGGAAUGGUAUCCAUUGAAGAAGUGAGUGUUUUUGUUGUGUGAAAUAACAUUUCUGCAAAGCGGUGUAAAGUGAAUCGUCGCAGUAGUGUACUUUUCUGUUACAUGUUAUUCAUACCGCGUAUUGAGAAUUUAAAUAUGAAAUUCUUAUGUGUCAUCGGGAACGUUUCGAAUUUUGUCAAUAUGCAGUGAACAUUAACUAUGUGAAUGAAAGGGGAACGAGGAGAAACAGAAACGUUUUAAGGAAAAGGCAGAAGAUCAGCCAUUAACAUUUAAAAAUUUCUUCGUUGUUUAAAAAAUAAAAAUACAAAUAAAAAAAAGAAGAUAAAAAAUCUCGAUCUACUUAAGAUCGAGAAUCGAUUAUGGCGACAUGAGCAACGAUCGCAACUCUGAAAAAUCUGAUUCAGAAUUUAACGAAAGAGAGAGGAAGAAUUUUCAAAAUGUCUCACGGGAAGCGAGUAAAAGUAACUCGGAAGAGCGUGCCGGAGGAAGUGGCGUUGAGUCAGAAAAAAAUUCCCAGAGAACGUUGGAGGAUUCCCAGGAAGAUUCAUCUUGGAAGAGAAUCGAACGUUCUCAGGAUAAUUCUGCUUCAGGAACGAGCGAAAGUCUUUUAAAGCGUGUCGUUACCGAACAAGAAAGUGGCAGAGAUGUUACCGACUAUUAUAAUCCGCAAACUUCCUGGACGUACACAUCUGGGACUUGCGAUAAUUUAUUGAAAAAUUUGAAUAGGAAGUAUCUUUGGAAAUCGGAAAGGAAAGAUCCGAAGGUUUUACGGAAAAUGAACGAACGUUCCUGUGGAAGUGAUCAAGGAGGUUCCGGCGAACUAGACACUUCCGGGAAGUUAAAAAAUCACGAUAGUCCUCCACGGGUGCCAACGUUUAAUAGCUUGGCUUUGGAUGUAUCGUAUGCCGGCCUAGACACUUCCGGUUUCCUCGAUCUUGAAUCCUCGAGAAAGUCUCACGACGAUGAUCCGCCGGAAGUGUGGGAAGAUUUCAGCGUCGUCGAAUGUUUGGAUAGAAAAUUAUUGAACGAUGAAAGCACGCCGGAAGAAAGGGUGGAAGCUUUGAAAGAGAUUUUGGCGGACACUGAUAUUCACGAAGGGGAUGGAAUCGUUUCGGAUUUUUUGUUUCACGUUGCCAAAACGAAACACGGGAAGAUAUAUAUCAGGGUUAUUAGAACGAUGCUUAUCAACCGAGUUUUAUGUAGCAGUCGGGUGAGCCAAAUGACCAAGACCUAUAAUGACAUAGAAGCAGUUACAAGGCUUCUAGAGGAGAAAGAGAAGGACUUGGAGCUGACUGCACGUAUCGGUAAAGAACUUUUAUCGCACAACCAGAAACUUGAAACCACGGUCACCAGUUUAGAGUCCGAGUUAAAGGAAGCCAAUGAAAGAAUCACUCAACUCACGCAUGAACUUUCAAAGAAGACAGAACUAAUUCAAAUACUUACCAAUGAUGCAGAAGAAACAAGCUCCGAAGCCAGCACGCCCACCGGAAUACGUGGCAUUAAUUUGGACAUGAUGCAGAAAAAGAUCAGUUCCCUCGAAGAUGAAAACAAACAAUUGAGAACUGAAUUUGCUAGGCUGAUGCAAGAUGCUGAUCAUUCGGAGGAACAGGAAGCUAAACUUGUCAAAGAUAUCGCAGCUCAACUCGCAAGUGCAAACAUGGAAGUAGAUGGAAUAGCAGAUGAACUUGAUAGGCAGAAAGAAGAGAAUAGAUUACAGCAUGAACAGAUUGUUAGUUUGACUGCAAAAUUAGCUGAAGCUGAAUUGAGACUGGCACAAUUAAUUGCUGAACAUGAUGAAAUGGGAACUACUCUACUUAUCACCAGAGAUAAUCAAAACACCCUUGCGAGUGAGCUGGCCGAAUUCAAGGAUCGAUACGCAGAGGUGGUGAAUUUAUUAGCUGAAACCCAAGAACAACUUCGAAAACAACGAAAGAGAGGAAUGCCAACAGUCAGAGGAGGAUCUUUAUUCCCUUCAAUGGGUGCUGCUCCGCAACCAGAUUCUAUUGCUUCAGAGUUAGAGUCGUCUCUUUAUUCCGAGCUCAGCUUAGAUUCUGGAAUCAGUACUGAUAGGAUACCAACUUACAAGAAGGUUUUCGAAACGGUCAGGAGCGCUUCAAGAAAUUCUUAUGCAGCUGAUAACAACCAGUUCCCAAGAAUAGGUUCUAUGACUACGUCAACGUUGUCAAGUGGCUCUACCGGGCCACGGAUGAGUUGUGGACAAAUUCGACCUCUGGGUUCUAUGUAUCCUAGUUUAGACUCCACUGGACAAAGUGAUUCAGAAGGCUCCCUUAUCACAGAUUCUGAGGAAUAUCCUGGUCCACAAAAAACUGGAGUACCUGGGGCUCCAGGAGCGGCGGACCUGGAGGCAGCUCUUCGUAGAUUGACACCUGCAGAAGUUCUCACAAGGCGUGCUUGUCUUAGCACCGGUACAGGAUACAGUUACGAUUAUGAUGCUGGAGCUCAUUCACCCUCGACUUUCGUACCGCUAGGUUGCAGAACUCCUGAUAGUAUUAUGUCCACGGGAAGCAGUGGAAACUUAAGUGGUUACAGUGGAAAUUCUUGGAGAAUUCCUGAGAAAUUGCAAAUAGUUAAACCUAUUGAAGGCUCGCAGACGUUACAUCAUUGGUCUCAAUUGGCCACGCCAACUUUAGGUGGCCUUUUGGAAGAACGUCCAGGAGUGAAAACACGUGGAGGACGCGGCUUGGAAGACUUAGGCCUUGUCACUUUCACUUUAAGCGACCUUGAAGAAGAUGAAGAAUACACAAACCCUGGAAAACUGUUUCAAGAUACCGGUUCCAUAUAUACAUUUACUAAUAGUACUGUACUUCAUCCCGAUGAUCACACCAGUGUAACUCCAAGUAUUGUAGGAAGUAGAGUUGCAACUGCACCGAGUAGUGCUUUAAAUUCUGGAAUGAGUACUCCACGAACUUUAAGUAGGAGGAACUCAACUUCGACAUUUUCAACGACCCUUGGACUUGCGAAAAUGUUAAACGAACGAGGCAUAAAAGCAGUGACACCUUCUUCUGUGAGAACGCCAAGUGAAGAAAGAAAUUUUACGCCUACUGCGACACCUUGCAAUAGUCCUGAUGCUAGUCCUCCAGAAAGCCGAUCUAGUUCACCAAUUCGAGACAGUGGACUUUCUUUGGGAUUGUUAUCCAGCGGAGCAGAAUUAUUGAAGAGGACAUUUGGUGCAGAGCCAGAGCACGUACAAAGGAAGCGAACGGUGAUCUCCAGGUCCGAUAAAAAAGCACUUACCAGUAUCCGUUUAGUAGAAAAGCUUGAGAGAAUUGGUAUUGAUACGAUAAUGGCUACAACAGUUGGUUCCUCCAUCUCUCCAUUAGCACUUCAAGGUUCUCUGUAUACCAGGCGUACCAUGGAAAGUCCUAUGGCUCAAUUAACCUUCCUGAAAAACUCUAUGUCCUCGAGUGGAAGUCAAGAGAAACUUUCACCUUCUUCCACUUCAAGUGAUUCGUCGUCAAUGAAACGAAAAUUGAUUGGAAAGAAACAAGACGAGUCUAUACCAAACAGAGAAUCAAACCGACAAAGGAGAACUGGUGCUAGGGCCACAAGACCUGAUCUCGGACAGGUUACACCCGCAGUUCCUGUCACAGUUACAAAAGAAUCUCCUGCGCAAUCAGCUUUGGGAACUAUUAGCUCGUUUCUAUUUGGACGAAAGGGUGGAUUACUUUGAAAGCAUUGUUUAUUGUGCGUUAAGUAAUUUAUGAGAACUUCGGAUAAAGUUUUAAUUGAAGGUAAUGGAAGAUUGUCGGAGCGGUGGUAAAAUGGACAAUUUCAUAUUUUUUGUUCAAUUUGCUUAACGAAUAAUUAUUUAACGAAUAUUAUAAAUGAAUUUCUUUUGUAAUUUUUCAAUUUUAUACAUAAAUUUUAACCUAUAAAUAUAAGGUGAAAGGAAAAUAGAUUACAUUUUCAAGUAUAAUCAAAAAUGUAAACCAAAAUGCAUUAAAAAACAGUAAGUCAUUUAUUAUCUUCAUAUUAUGAUUCUAAUCAUAAUUUAGUCGAAUUACAAUAUUUAUUAAAUUGUAAGCAGAUCAAAUACGCAGCUCUUUUAUGAUACCUUUAUUUAGGUAUACUGCGGGUGUUCAUUACAGGGAUAUAAUAUUGCAUAUAAAAUUUCAAUCAUUUAAUGUUAUUCUUCCAAUAAGUUACAUCAUCCUCGGCCUAAUUGAUAAUAUUAACUCCUUUGCCAUCUUUACAUACAAAUAGUAUCAGUAUAAAUGAUCAGUACUAUUUCAUAAUAGUAAACAUUCCUUUAAUAUUGUUAACUGUUUCUUUUCCUUU